AUGUUGAAAACAUUUGUUUUACAUAAUCUGUGUUUUAUUCUCCAUGGUUUUAUUAUCUUAAUCUCUUUUAAUUACGUGAAUGGCUAUUCUAGUUUUUGGGCGCCAUUGUACGACCCUACUAUUUUAAAUUACCGCGUAAAUGCAAAAUUCGAACCAAAUUUGGACAAAAAAGUGAUAGAUGAAUAUAAAAAUGUCAAUGGAUAUAGAAGUGAAAAAUUUAUUGCUAAUUUAGGUAACGGCAAAGGAGUUAACAACUUCAUGCAAAAUGGGAUUCAAGAACCAGUUUCAGUUUAUUACACUUAUAGAGGAGCACAUAAUUGAAUAAGUAUUCAUUUGCUCUCACUAGAUAUAAUCUGUGGUUUUAUAUUCAUAUAUUGGUUUCAUGGUUGGUACGUACCAGACCAGGACCAAAGUGAAGAUUUUUUUUUUAUGUAUAUUGUAUAUCAUCUCUUCAAUUUUCAGUAAUUGUAGUGUAAUAAUUGAAACUUCCAAAAAAUACUUUACAAAAACAUCAACACUGUAGCAUUAUAUAAUAAAAAAUUACACGCUUAUACUUUUACGGGCUAAGCUCUUGAGUU